AUGGGCAAUGCAGAAUCCGUUUUGGGAAACCUGGAAUACCUUUUUGGUAUUUGGGUGCUGCGUGACGACGCGAUCGGCAAGCCGAUUGUUUUCAGAUUCUGCGGCGCAAACAAUCGACAAUGCUUCACGAUGAGCUACAUUUCAACGCAGAUAUUUGGUGUACCAGGCAAAAUAUAUGCUCAGGUACUUUUGUUCUUUGAAAACUUUUGUCAGGAUCUUUCUAUACAUAGCUUGUAUUGGUUUUCACAGCAUGCAGCUGCAAGAAAAGUCUACCACCAUCUUCUCUAUCACCGUCCUCGUCAUCAUAUCCUUCUACUUCUUCAUUGCGAUAGAACUUUCAAUUUAUUGACAACUGCAAUCUUUAGGUCGAAGGAUACAAUUUUGGUAUCCGUGGAGAGUAUACGUUGAUGCGAGACGGGUUGUAUGUUGAGAUUCAGGAUAUAGAAGGCGACCCGAUGCCUGAGGACGACAUUCCCGAUGUCUCGAUGGUGUCGCUUUGGCAGAAGGGGAUGGUUCUCGUCUUCGAGGUACAAUUUCUGAGUGGCAACGUCCUUCUACUUAGAAGUAUCUUCCUUUACCUCGUCCACUGGGUCUAACGGACGUCGAAGUAGACAGACUUUAUAUUUCAAUCGGACUUUUUACUGUCCUUAUUGUCAAUCUCAAACGAACGUUGACGAAUCAGGUUAGCCACGCAUCAGACGACCGCGUAACUGUGAUUGUUCGGAAUGUAAUCGUGAAGCGCACUAAAAAUGAAGAUGGGACAGAAUUUAUACCCCUUGACGAAGAGAAGAAGCGACCGGUGCCAGAGGCGAUCCCCACAGAAGGAUGGCAAAUGCGAUGGAACGGUGACCAGCCCUACCUACAGCGGCCAUUUAGUUAAGAAUGUAGGCAAGAUCAAGAAGGCAAAUGAUUUACUUAAUCUUAAUCAUUCGUGAUCGAUGAUACAAAAAAUAUCCACGUCCACCACCUCAGAAUCCGCAAGUAGUAGUGUUUAGAUCGUUGUAGCCUUGCUAAAAAGUAGUCGAGGAAACAAAAGGAAUUUCUCUUCAUCAACCAUGGGCAUGGAUGUUGAACGUCUCGUUCUUUGUCGUCUUCUAAGUCGAUUCAGCAAAGCGGGAAGCAGAGAGAGCGAGCCGAAACUCCUUACGUCGGGUAUCGGUGAAGCGCGAGUCACAUAUGAAGCCGGGGGACAAAGGGCGCAUUGCGCUCCCGGAUGGACGAGCGGUAGAGUACACAGUGCCACCCGGUGAUGAAAGCCACUUUAUUGUUGCUUUCUGAGUACAAAUUCUUAGGGUUGUCUUUUCAUAAAUCUAAGACGUGGAGACAAGAGGCCUGUUGUUGUAGGGAUCCAUCCCAAAUGUUGUAUUGUUAUGAACAACCUAGACCUACAUCGCAUGCGCAUUUUAGUUACAAACAGGAUGUAUAGCCACGACCUUUAGUAUGUAUCUACUAGAGCGUAGAAAGUCAUAACCUUCAUAUUCACUGAUUCAAAAUAAAAGGACAAACACACACACACCUUCACCGCGUACAUCAACAUACAAGUCCUAGAUGUUCGUUGACAAUCAUCAUGCAUGAUGUGCAUCUUGAUCUUCAUUAUCUCAUCUUCCACGAAAAAAGAACUCCUCGACUGCGUAUUAGAAGUAAGUCGACUUCGACCAGCACAAGCCGCAGCCCACCGAGCAUCCACAACAUGCAAAGACAUGAAUUAGUUGUAGAUGAUUCACAUACCCAACACCCAUAGGGAUCUCUUGCACAGAAAAUUUUGUCGUGAUUUAUGAUGACAGCUGAAUAGCACUAGCAGAUACUGUUGCACAACAUCAGUGCGGCUUUGUCGAUUUUGUACAUUUGUGAAGGAAAACACAUAGUUGGUUCUGUCACCAGCAGAAGCAGGUGGUGGUUCAAUCAAUCGUUCUCCCGCCCACUCGUACUCGUCUCUUAAUUAUUUCUAUUUGUUUCGUACUUGUACUAAUACUAUUCGUAGUCCCCUUCCCAUUCCCUUUGACCUCCAAGAAGCAGAAUGUGCUAGUUUAUUUGCAGACGAUUUUGUAAAAGCAAAAUCCUCUCUAUCCCCGUCUCAAUAUCGGAGCAUAUCAUCAAGUCAGAUCUUCGCCACGGGCUCGCAUAAAGCAAAC